UGUUACCGUUUAACCAUUCUUCCUUUGAUUCAAAAACACAAUCUUAACACAAACCACCAACUUUUAUGGAUCAAUUAAAAGCUUUGGUUCUUAGAUAAUUUAGCACAUGAAUCAUCAUAUACCAAAGCUAGUCACAAAUGGUUGUUAUAAUCAAGCUUUGUUUUUGUAUUCCAAACUUCGUUCUUCCUCUUUACCCGUCAAUAAUUUCUCAUUUCCUUGUCUUCUCAAAGCCUGCACCAAGCUCAACUAUGUACUCCAAGGUCAAAUCAUCCAUAACUAUGUCAUCAAAUCUGGGUUGCUGUCUGAUGCCUAUGUUGCAACAGCUCUUACCCAUAUGUACAUGAAAUUUGGACAUAUCAAAAAUGCCAUCAAACUGUUCGAUGAAAUGCCUCAACCAAAUGUAGCAUCUGUUAAUGCUAUGAUUUCUGGAUUUUCACAAAAUGGGUGUUUUGGAGAAGCUCUUGUGGUCUUUAAAGAGGUUGGUUUGAAGAGGUUUAAACCCAAUUCGGUUAUGAUUGCAUGUGUGGUAUCGGCUUGUGAUGUUGUGAGGCAUGGUAAUCAAGUUCAUAGUUGGGUGAUUAAGAUUGGUGUUGAAAGGGAUGUUUUUGUUGCUACUGGGGUUGUUACAAUGUAUAUGACUUGUUUGGAACUGGUUUCUGCUACAAAGGCAUUUAGAAUGAUGGAGUAUAAGAAUGUAGUGAGCUAUACUACCUUUUUAUCUGGAUUAGUACAUAAUGGUGGUGUUAAUGACCUUGUAUUGAAGGUGUUUAAGGGUAUGAAUAUAAACCAAUCUUGUGAUGAAAGGCCUAAUGCAGUCACAUUGGUUAUAGUUUUGGGUGCUUGCUCUUACGCGACUAAUCUUCAAUUUGGAAAACUCGUUCAUACGACUGUUCUGAAGGUUGGAUUAGAAUCCAACAUCAUGGUGGGAAUUGCACUUGUAGAUAUGCACUCAAAAUGUGGUCAUACGGGUUAUCAUGUAUUCAAAGGAAUGAAGGGAAACAGGACUCUGAUUACAUGGAAUUCAGUUAUUUCAGGUGUGUUCUUGACUGGUGGUUCUGAUACUGCUUUGGAACUGUUUUCUGAACUGGAAUCUGAAGGACUGAUUCCGGAUUCUGCUACAUGGAAUACAAUGAUCAAUGGAUUUGUGAAACAAGGAAAACCCGACAGAGCAUUUCAGUUUUUCACCACAAUGGUAUCAAGAGGAAUGUUCGAUGCCUGCUCCAUGAUCUCGUCUUUGCAGUUUGGAACACAGAUUCAUGCACACGCCAUUCAAUCCAAUAUCAUUAAUGAUGAGUUCUUCGGUAAUGCUCUAAUCGACACAUACAUGAAGUGUGAGCGAUCUUCAUUGGCGCGCAGGAUGUUCGACCACUACAAAAUCAAACCACGCGAUCCAACAUUUUGGAACGCAAUGAUUUCAGGUUAUGGGAGAAACGGUGAAAAAGAGUCUGCAUUCGAGAUUUUCAGGCUGAUGCAGAACAAGAAUAUAAAGCCAAACAACAGCGCAUUUGCGAACUUGCUAUCUGUCUGUCGUCGUGCAGGGGAAGUUGACAAAGGUUUUCGAGUAUUCGAGAUGAUGAUUACAGAUUAUGGUUUGACUCCAACUUCCCAACAUUUUGCUUGUAUUAUCGACAUGUUGUAUCAAUCAGAACACCCUGAGAAAGCUCAUGAAUUUAUGAAUGGUAUUCUUGAGAUUGAACAUGAAAAUGCAAGUAUAUUGAUGGUUUUGACUGAUAUUUAUGCAGCAAUGGGAAGGUGGAACGAUGUUGAGAGAAUUCGAAAAAUAAUUGUUGCAAAAGGACUGCAGAGAAAACCUGGUUAUAGUGUUCCUAUUUCCUACAUAGAAAAACACAAGGAAAAUGCAAAAAAUUGAAGUCUUAUAGCCAUUUUUUUAACAAAUUCUUAAACGAGAUGGUCUUAUGGUAAGACAAUAUCUAUUGAGCUGACACAUAUGUAUUUAUUAUGUUUAAGUGAUUACUUACAAUUUUAAAGUGAUCAAUUAGAGAAAUUGACUAAUUAUAUAGGCUUGUCUCAUAAUAAAACGGUAUCUUGCAACAUGAGCUAUUUUUUUUACUGGUUUAUUGUCCUUUGUAAUUUCACAUUUUAACCUGGCCCGUAAACUUAGAUCGAACCAGUCCGGUCAAGACCCAAUUCGUUAUUUUG